GUGCAGGUAGAUUUGAUACGCCACCUUAGACCUCGAAAAAAUGGCAUUAAUGUUGGACUCCUAGCUACCACCACAAUAUAAAGCACCCCUAGCUACCACCGUAGGAUGGGCGGAGCCCAACAGAGCUUUCAUUGCAUUAAAACCACAGAAGGAGAGAGAGAGAGAGAGAGAGAGAUGGAAACUGCAGGAGGUGGGGAUGAUGAGGAGGUGAAGCUGUUGGGGACAGUGUGGAGUCCUUUUGUAAGGAAGGUGGAAUGGGUUUUGAGGCUGAAGGGAGUGAAGUAUGAAUUUGUGGAAGAAGAUCUGAGGAACAAGAGCCCUCUGCUCCUCACCCACAACCCUAUCCACAAGAAGGUCCCUGUGCUUUUUCACAAUGGCAAACCCAUUGUUGAGUCCCUCAUCAUCAUCCAAUACAUUGAUGAGACCUGGACGCACAACCCCUUGCUCCCACGGGACCCUCUCCAAAAAGCCACUGCACUCUUUUGGGCCAAGUUUGCUGAAGAAAAGUUGGGCGAGGUUGCGAGGAAAAUCUUGCAUAGCAAGGAAGAGCAGCAAGAGGAGGCAGUGGCGCAAGCAAAGCAUGCAUUAGAGAUUCUUGAAGGAGAGCUCAAGGGCAAGAAGUUCUUUGGGGGCAGCACAAUAGGGUUAGUGGACAUGGUGUUGGGUUGGAUGCCUACUUGGCUGGAAGUUAUUGAGGCAGCUUCAUCUGUCAAAGUAUUUGACUCUGAAAAAUACCCUUUGAUAGACCAGUGGAUGAAAGCGUUUUCAGAAUUGCCAAUCAUCAAAGAAUCUGAGGUACCAUCCAAGGAGGAGCUGUUGCCAGCUUUUCGAAUCAUACGCCAAAUUCAUCUGCCUAAAGACAACAAUGGAGCCAUUGCUAACUCCCAAUAAGCUGGCGUGAUAUAUAUAUAUAUAUAUAUGGUAAUAGAGUGCAAAAUAUGGUACUUAAAUAAGUAAAAUUGGUUCGGGAGGUCUCUCGAUCUCAGUGAUCUAUCUCCUUUCAAAAUCUAUGUUGGGUCUUUUGUUUGACUCAGUGUUGUUCGUUCUUGGUUUCCCGGAAGUAUGAGACUUUGAUGCUUUAUUUUCUUGCCAUUAAGGCAUUAAAUAUGAUGAUGUUUGUUGUUCUUA